AAUUAAUAGUAGUGUGUAGCAGUACAAACUAUGCUUACUGCAUAAACCUUAAUUAUAUUAGGGUGUGGGUCCCACAAUUAUAGCAUUAUGCCUUGCCCGAUUCUCCUCUUCUUCUUUCCGUCUCCCCUGCAGCCGAAGAAGACCCAGGCCCCCCGACAGCCUCCUCUUGAAAAAAAAACCAGUGAGAAGCUUGUGUUUUUCUCCUCUUUUCUUGUUCUAGAACCCAGAAACCUCCCCCCCUGCGGAGAAAAUCCGGAUCUGCUCUGCUCCUCCUCUUCACCACCGGCUGCUCCUGCUUUGUGGGGUGCGAAUUGCUGGGGUUUUUGGGCCGUGAGCUUCUUCUCCAAAUUCCCGCCGGCAACUUCCCCAACUGCAGCUCCGGUUUUAGCUGGAGAAUUCUGGUAUGUGGCAGCUCCUCUAAGUCCAAAUUCCACCCAUUUAAUUGUUGAAUUUAUCUAUGUAGUGGCUGCCCUUGCAUUGUCCGAAAAUUUGUUGAAUUAGGGGGAUGAAUUUUGGUAGUAAUUAGAGCAUAAUUAAGCUUAAUUCAUGUGUAAUUGCUUGAGUUGGCUGCUGUGAUUUUUGAAGAGAAAAUCCCGUGAAUUAGCUAGUGUUUUGGCCAAUUUUGGAAGUGCAGUUACUGUUCACGCGUACCAGUUACUGUUUCACGCAGAAAAUUCUGCAAUUUGCUACUGUUUUCUGCUCCUUUUCAGUCCGUUUUCUGCUCUGAAAAAUCUGAUGAAAUAUCCAUUUUUUCUGGUCUUUUAGCUGGCUGUAGUUGAAUUCUGGAAAUAUCAGUACUGUUCACGAGCACUGUGCACGGGCACUGUUCAUAAUACUGCUCAUUCACUAAUGGCGAACAAUUAAUGGGGAUUUAAAUGAUUAGUUUGUGAUAUAAUAACGAAUUUGGAGAUAUCUGAAAAUGUGGAGAGGGAUAGAAAUAGCACCGUGAUUAGGGGUAGACCUAAUGAUGAUUUUACCUUGAAUUUGUGAUAGUGGUAUUAGUUCUUGGAUAUUUUGAUUAGGUUCCCGAUCGUUCUGUCAGUUAGUACUGAGAUCUGUCAGUUAGCACUGAGAUCGAGUUUUCGAUUUUAUGUGAGUGAGGUAAGUAAAUUAUGGUAACGCCUUUCGAUUUGAAAAGUAUAUUUUAACUUGUUUUUGAAGUGGUGGCGGGACUAAACCUGUUUUACUGAU